CAGAUAGGCUAGGAGCGGCACUGGUGUGGAGCUCAGUCAGAGGCUGCAGUCAUGUUGGACACACUCACCUUCCUGCUGGAGAAGCUCGUCCUCUUGGCGCACAUCAAACUCUCCAUCCUGCUGCCUCCUCCAGCUCCGCCGCUCAGCAGGCGCUCAGAGAGAGAGGAACCGGCCGCCCCUCCGCACAGGUUCCAGCGGGGAGACCUUCUGGAGGUGCCCCGGACCCUUUUUACCCACUUCGGCAUCUACCUCGGGGAUGACCGGGUGGCGCACCUGAUACCCGACAUCCUGCCGGUGCUGACGGCGGACCGGCGGCUGAUCCAGGAGAUGGUCACCAACACCCGUCUCCUCCUCGGGGUGCUCUCUAAGCGGGCCAGCAUCCGGGUGGACUCCGUGGAGGACUUCGCCUACGGAGCCGGGAUCCUGUUGAUACACAUGGACCCGUCGGCGCAGGGCAUGGCGCUCGCGGCCGAGAAGGUGGCGCGGGGGGGGGAGCUGCUGCUGGGCUCCGUGUCCUACAGUCUGCUGUGGAACAACUGCGAGCACUUCGUCACCUACUGCCGCUACGGGAGCGCGCAGAGUCUGCAGACUGAGCAGUUCUGUGAGUGGCUGAAGUCGUUGAUCCGGAACCAAAGUAACAUCCUGUUGGUGGCGCUGCUGGGUCUCCUGUCCGUGAUGUAUUUGGGUCUAUCCUUCAGCACUGUCUUGCCCACCGUUCUCAUCCCCUUCACGAUGUGGAUGGCGAGCUAAAAUGCUCCAGAAUGAUGCAGGAACACGGACAGUAGCCACGUUGGCAAAGCCACAGGAACAAAAGAGUCAUCCACAAGAACAUUUUACCCUUUUAUUAGUAUUUUCUAUUGUAAUUUUCUGUGUUUGAAAUUAGCUUAAGGGUUCGUAUUAAGCACCAUUAGCAACUGGGUGAGGAUCAAACCAGGUAAAAGACAAAAAUGUCCAGAAACAGCACCAACUAGUGGCGAAAGAAUUAAAUUCAGAAAUGUCUGCUUGUGGUCUUAUCAUAUAGUUGUAUUUGUAAGUAAACAAAGAAAUAGAAGAAAACAAUGUUUUCAACCCUUUAAGUUUUUGUGUAAAUAUCUGUACAUGCGUUUGUAUCACUCUAUCAGUUUUUGUACAUAAAAAUACUUUUUAUAAAAAUGCAACACUUCAUAUCCUGUUUUGUAAAUAAAGUGUAAAAUGACAAAUGCAUUAUAUAAAUUUUAUGACACACAGCAGUAAAUGGAAGUAAGAGUAACGCCAUCAUUUUGUCUGCGGUUUGUGUCUUUUGCCCUCUAGUGGCUCUUUUUAGGGAGCAGCAGAGGCUACAAUUAAAAUCAGAUUUAUAAAUUGUAUUAUAAUUAUUCUUAUUGCAGUAUUUUCUCUUCACUUUUCACCUACUCUCAUUUCUUCAUUUUCUCCCUUCCUUGUCCAUCUCCUGAAAAUUGCCUGCUUAAUUUUAUUCUAACCUCUCCUCAUCUGCCUUCCUUCCUCAAAACACUCACAUUUUCCCCUCACACCUUUCAUUGUUUCUAGGUGUCUCCCUUUCUCUACUUUUCUUCAGGUCGUCUACCUUCUCCCCAAUAUUGAAUUUUAUUCAUUCUUCUUCACUUAAUCCCCUUUUUUGCAUCGUUCCUUUCUCCCUCGAGCUCUUAUCCCCUAUUACAUUUCCCCUUAAUCCCUUCUUUUCUCCAAACUCCAGGAGCACAUACAAUAAAA